AUUAGCAACAAAAUUUGCACAGUCAGUGACUGAAACAGAACUUUUACUCGUUCGAACGUUUGUUAUGUGCCAUGCCGCUUGAGAGAAGAAAGGCAGGGUUUUAGCCUCAUCUUCUUCCGUCAUUUGCCAUGCCGUCUGAAAACGAAGAAGGGGCAGGGUUUUAGCCUUCUAAGCCAUUUCUCCACUCGCAGUUCAGCUCAAGUUCUCUCUCUGUGCAUAAUCAUCGUUUACAGAAGAACUCUACGCCGUCUCCUGCUUUCUUCUCUGAAGACGUCAAAUCAUCUCAAUUUGGGGGCUUUGUUCGACUGACGAUGAUGCCACUACAGAACCCUGUGUCUCUCGCCCGCAAAACCCCGCUCUCUUUUCGUUUGGAUGGAAUUCCUCUUCCUCGCCUUUCAGUUCCAAAGCUCGCUCCAGCUUGCGCUAACCACGUACGGAUAGCUGGACUCGCCGCAUGUUCUUCUUCCGCUUCCCUAAACUCUAGUCGCUCAAGCCUGUUUAUGGAUUUGGGCUCUUCUGGAGUUGGAAUUCGGCAGCUGGGCUUCGCUCGAUUUCGACUUUUGGCGGUUUCUGGUGGCGGGAGUGGAGGAGGAUAUGGUAGCGGAAACUCUGGCGGCGGCGGGGGUGGUGAAGGCGCCGAUGAUGGCGGCUCUUCUCCCGGUGGAGAUAACUGGUCUUUGCUUUCAUGGUAUUUGAGUCUUCUGGCCAAGUAUCCUGUUCUUACCAAAGCUGUGACAUCAGGAAUUCUGAAUUUCCUUGGAGAUUUAAUCUGUCAGCUUGUGAUUGAUAAAGUUCCAUCUCCAGACUUCAAGAGGACUUUCCUAUUUGCCUUUCUGGGGCUGGUACUAGUUGGUCCCACUUUGCAUUUCUGGUAUUUGUGUCUGAGCAAGUUGGUGACGGUUCCUGGAGUAGCAGGUGCAAUCAUACGUCUCACACUUGACCAGUUCCUUUUCUCCCCGGUGUUCCUCGGUGUCUUCUUAUCAGCAUUGACUGUGCUUGAAGGAAAGCCGGCACAAGUUAUGCCAAGGCUGCAACAGGAAUGGUUCUCUUCUGUCAUAGCAAAUUGGCAACUGUGGAUCCCCUUUCAGUUUCUCAACUUCAGAUUCGUGCCGCAGCAGUUUCAGGUUCUCGCUGCAAAUGUGAUCGCCCUGGCGUGGAAUGUGAUACUCUCAUUCAAAGCACACCGUGAGAUUUUAGAGAAAUAGCGGUCGAUAGAGUUAUAGCAUGAGCGAGGCUCUCCAAGUAUUGUGCAUUUUUGUUGCUGUGAAAUGCUAGAAGGCGCGGGAAAAAAAACUUUUAAAAUAGUUGUUGUUGAGGCCUCGAGGGCAUGUAUUAGAUCAGAGACUAUUCUGGGUGAAGCGAGUUUGCUGCUUUCAAUCAAACUCCAAUCCACGCUACUUGAAGCAAGGUAGCAAAACGCAAAAACCAUAGUAACACCCAUUUCCUGAGAAAAGGAAAAAGCUUAAGAAGAGUGUCCAUUCCAAGAAACAGGAAAGAACCCUUAACUUAAAAAAAAAAAAAAGGAAACAGGAAAGAACUCAAAACUAGAAAAGCAGACCAACAAGGAAACACCUUUGAAAUCCAAUCGGUUAAGCUUUUCGAGAGUAGUAACCCAAUGUCCCAUCAGUACGGCAACGGCCAACUUUUCCCAGAGUGCACUCGGACUCUUUCCACUAUUAGUUCACUAGCUUUUUACCCGGUCCGUUGGCCGGGUAAUAUUUGUAUAAAUUGAUUAUUAAAAAUCUAAUUUUUGGAUUGUUUUGGCAUUUGGAAGUUUGUCGUUUUAUUUAUGUCUGAGUAAUUUUGGAUAUUAUUUUGUAAUUUUGAACAUAUUUGGAUGAGUAUUUUCUCAUUAAGCAAAUACAUAACACAAUUUUGUCAAACCCUAAUCUCCUCUCCCUCUCUUUUAAUCUCGACCGAACUCUCUCUUUCUUCACCAUCAUUGUCGUUGGUCCCCCUUGGCCGUGACCCUCUUCCCCCUUCGUCCCUCUCUUUCCCUCGUAAAUAUAUAAUUUUCAAUUCCCUAUCGAUCUUAAUCUCAGAACUCUAGACGCAAGACUCCUAGAUCCGAGGUUUCUUACACUGAUAGUCAGACAUGUCCUAUUUUAAUAAAAAAAGUUCAAUCCAAAUGUCACUUGACCAAUUUGUUUGAUUUCUUUAGUGUGUGGUGUUCUCAUAAUAUAGUGUGUACAGAUACAUAAUAAUAAUUGUAUGAAAUAUGACAUUGAUUGUAAGAACAUUAAUAAUAUAACUUCCUUGGAAUAUGAAGCUCGUAAAACCUUACUGAAUAGUAAUUUUCAUAUUGAACUCAACCAAUUUCACAGAACAUGUUUGAAUGUGAUUAGGUGUGUAAAAUUCGUAACUAUAUGUAACUAAAUAAAUUAUUAACUCUUAAUGGAUUUGAAGCUCCCAUUGAAGGUAGAUUAGGCUAGUGGAGUUUUUGGUUGUUGAUGAUCAAAGCUCAUUGUUGUCAUAUUUCCAGAAUCCGUAUCAGGCAUGAAAGUUGCCGUGUUGAAUGUUGAUACAGUGUUAGCAUUCCAAUGAACAUAAGAGUUGAACAUUCCAAUGAACCAACAUGAUGGUAAUCUAAUAAUUGUUGUUCUUGGUACCAACCACAUAAGAGUUAAUUCAUGAUGGAAUUAGUAGCAGUAAAUAAUUGAGCAAGCAUGAAAAAGGAAGGAACUAUGUAGUGGGUUCUAUUUAACUGGAUUAAUGGAGGCAGCGGCCGGUAAUGGUGCGGCAGGACUCGAACGGCUAAUGGUAAUCGGAGGGAGUCUUGAAGGGGCAGUCUCUUACGUCGUUGGAACGGAGAAUGGCAGCUCUCCUCCGUCUGUCGGACAAUUUAACGGCGACAGGGGAUGUUGAGUGAGUUCGUCUUGUUGGUGGUAGUUGGGGUCGAAGAUGAAGAGAUGACGGGGCCAACUUAGGUCUGGAAUGUGAUGAGAGGUAUACUCCUAGGCGUCCCUGCUAUUAACGGGCACAAAAUGGAUGGCCGACGACGUCUCCAUCAAUGAUAAACUCCAUCGCUGCAA